AUGGUUGCGAGAAUAUCGAAAAAAACUGUUCAGAAUAACAAUAAGAAACUUUUAACACCAAUAACUGAAGAAGAUACUACAUCUGCAUCAAUAACAACAUUACCGUCUUAUACACCAUUCGCAACAUCUACAUUAUCAAGAACACAAUCAAAAAAUUCAUCCAAAUCAUCCAAAUCAUCCAGAUUAACCAAAUUGUCAUUAUCAUCUAGAAUAUUUAAUGGUGGUGUUGUUGACGACUAUAAAGAUAAGAAAAGCGAUCAUCAAUCUAUCAACGACAAAUCAAAAUAUAAUGUUGAUUGUGACAAUGAAGAAAAUGAAUUAUUGCCUGAAUAUUCGUGUACUGUAAAUCAUUCAGGUUUUGUACUGGUCAAGAAAGAGUUUACACGUAAAGGAUUAAAAGCAACAAAAAGAUCAUGGCAAAGAAGAUAUUUAUAUUUAUGGGGAACUUUUUUACGUAUUUAUGCACAUGAACCAGACAACACCAACAUUGCAAAACCUCUAAAUCGAUUUAGCAUGCAAGACGCACAAGUAGAGUUGGCAAUUGAUUAUCCGAAGCGCAAGCACGUUCUAAGGAUAAAGUUCAAGACAGGUCAUCAAUAUCUAAUUCAGGCAGACGACAAAGAAGAAUGUGUCACGUGGAUAGAGAGGUUGCAAUCUUCCUGUAACAUUUCAUCCACUAUCGAUGAAAGACAAAUGCCAAUGUUUAUCACUUUGCCAACAAGAAGAAGAAAUAACGGUGGAAAUAUUAGUAGUGGCGUUGAUGUCACCAAUAUUAUUCAUAAUGAUGGAUAUGAUAACUAUGGUACAUCAUUAGCAUCAACAUCUUUAACUUAUCAACGAUUUAACGAGAUCGCAAGAGAAAUACAACAAGUUCAAAUAACCAAUUCUUCAAUAAAUUAUCAACUAUCGUGGUGA